GUUAUAUAAAACCCUAAUUAAAUCUCGACCGCAGCCUCGCCCCUGCAGCUGCAUCACAGUUCUCUAGUUCCCGUUUUCACAAGAAGAUAUGCCUCCAAAAGCUGCCAAAUCGAAGGAAGCACCGGUAGAAAGGCCCAUCCUCGGCCGUUUCUCAUCGCAUCUCAAGAUCGGAAUUGUUGGAUUGCCGAAUGUAGGGAAGUCGACUCUCUUCAAUACUCUCACCAAGUUAUCGAUACCUGCUGAGAACUUUCCAUUUUGUACAAUUGAACCUAAUGAAGCGCGUGUCAACAUUCCUGAUGAGCGGUUUGAAUGGCUCUGUCAACUGUUCAAGCCAAAGAGUGAGGUUUCUGCAUUUUUAGAGAUACAUGACAUUGCUGGAUUGGUGAAAGGUGCUCAUGAAGGACAAGGGCUUGGAAACAAUUUCUUAUCACACAUUCGUGCAGUUGAUGGCAUAUUCCAUGUUCUACGUGCAUUUGAAGACCCCGAUAUUAUACAUGUUGAUGACUCUGUGGAUCCCGUAAGAGAUUUAGAAGUUAUAACUGCAGAAUUACGGUUGAAGGAUAUUGAGUUCAUGGAAAGAAGGAUUGAAGAUCUUGAAAAGAGCAUGAAGAGGAGCAAUGACAAACAGUUAAAAAUAGAGCUUGAAGUGUGUUUGAAGGUCAAAACCUGGCUUGAGAGCGAGAAAGAUGUCAGGUUAGGGGACUGGAAAGCCGCUGAAAUUGAAAUCUUGAAUACUUUUCAAUUGCUCACCGCAAAACCAGUUGUUUAUUUGGUUAAUAUGAACGAGAAAGAUUAUCAGAGAAAAAAGAACAAGUUCCUUCCCAAAAUCCAUGCUUGGGUGCAAGAGCAUGGGGGCGAGACAAUUAUCCCUUUUAGCUGUGCUUUGGAGAGAACUCUUGCUGAUUUGUCGGCAGAUGAAGCGGCUAAAUACUGUGAGGAGAACAAGAUACAAAGUGCUCUUCCGAAGAUUAUAAAGACUGGAUUCUCUGCUAUUAACCUUAUUUACUUCUUCACUGCUGGCCCUGAUGAGGUGAAAUGCUGGCAAAUUCGAAGGCAAAGCAAGGCUCCUCAAGCUGCAGGCGCAAUUCAUACUGAUUUCGAAAGAGGAUUUAUUUGUGCUGAGGUUAUGAAGUUUGAGGAUCUUAAAGAGCUUGGAAGUGAGGCUGCUGUAAAGGCUGCUGGUAAGUACAAGCAGGAGGGAAAGACCUAUGUGGUUCAGGACGGUGAUAUUAUAUUUUUCAAAUUUAAUGUCUCCGGUGGUGGAAAGAAGUGAGCCGGUGGGGAAUUUGUUAGUUAUUCUGUCAUUUGAUUGGCUUGCUUGCUAUCCACAAAUUUUAUUUCGAUUGUGUACCAACGUUGUAUCGAGUAUCUAGAAUCAGGUUUUUUUGGCACUAAAUGUGUUCUUUUGACGUAUGUUCUUAUCCUUUGUUUUAAACAUGAUGUAUUGAUGCAGCUAACAUUCUGAAUAUUUUCAUG